UAUCAUGAUUAUUUUCUUUGACUUUAUCGAAAGGGGGGUCGCCGCUGCUGCUGGUCUGAAAGAGAAAAGAAACACGGAAAUCGCAAAACAGACGCUUUUUUUUUUUAAUGGGACACCCAAGCAAAAAAAAAAAAAAAAGAAGCGAAAUACAAAUAAACCCACAAGCCCGAGUAACAGCAAAACAAAGGUUCACGACAAAGGCUGGAGUUGGCGCCUCCACCUCACCAACCGAACGCCGAGUAACCGAAAUAAGCAAGAAGAAAAAGCAAACUACAAGUCUCGAGCAAGUUGUGCAACAUCGAGGCAAGCUAACAGAGCGCUAGUAUCUGUUUGUCAAGCGACCGGGAACGCGUGCUCGUAGGGUCUUCUGCGUGCGGGCUAAAAAGGCCGAGAGAAGGUUUUAUCGUGGUGGUGGUUAUGUCAUGUCACAUCUAAAUAAGAGAGCAAAAAAGUCUUCGGUGCCGUUAUUUGUGUCGAUCGCGCACGUUUUCCACCCAGACGCGGGUGGGCUCAAAUUCUGGCGGGAAAUCGAAAUUGUCAUCAGGAAAGCAGCCGGAAGUGACUGCUAGUGGACUCUUGUUUUGGGCUUUGGGGUGUCAUUUCAGGAUAACAGGUGAACUUAAUUUGACCUUUUGGGAACGUUUGAAUGCAUGCAAAGGUGACGUUUCGCCCCAAAGCCGAAGAUCCUUAAGCUUUUUGCGUGCCGUGUACUGAAUGUGUCUCGUUGGCAAAUGACAAAUGCCACAGGGGCGUUAAAGUCACGACGGCCACGGUCGCGCAACGUUCAGGACGGCGUGAUCAGCAAAAAAAGAAGGCCCGACGAGCUGAGUCGCAAAGCCGGUCGCGAGUAUUUACGGCUGUGUUACGGGGCGUAAUGUUUGAAAUGAAGAAACUGUUGGGACGCUCAUAAAUCCAGCUGUUAUACGGCGUAUUUAUACAGCCACCUUCGUCUCGUUCGGACUCGCCGAAGAGCAGACGAAGCCGAAGCGCAGCGUCUCGGAUUUGCUCCAGCAUGGACACGGAGGUAAGACAAAUCUGGGAAUGACCGCCGUUUUGCGUGUUAAGAUCAAAUGUUCACGUUGCUCGGCAACGGGUGUUCGCUAUGAACCGCUGUGCAAGCUGUUACGCGAAAUAGCCUUACGUACAUUUAUUCACGUCUUUUUUUUUCUCCCCCACUUUCUUGAAGUGAUUGCAUCCAAUUGAAACGCGAUCCAUGCCCAUCAUUGAAAUGUUUACCGAGUCUUUCCCCGCCUCCGGUCAAUCUACGUGCAUCAUGGCUCGCGCGAUGUUAACGACAAUCCUUCCAACAAGCUCCUUUUUACGUGUUCGGCGCAUGGCAGCAGUUUCACCGAUCGAUUCCAAAUUGGGUGGACACGUCCAUCAUAACAGGACACACGAAAAAGUCUCAAGGACUAAUGUCUGAAAUUGAACAGGAAGGCAGCCAUUUUCCCAAAUGAGCCCUCAUCGGUAAUGAGUGAUGCUAAUUGCAAAUCUCUUUUCUACCUUUGCCAUUUAGAAGUGGCUCAAGAACAAUUUCGGUGUGUUUUAAUGAGUUUAAAGCACGUGGCGGGGGUAAAACUAUGAAGAAAGAUUCUUUUUUUUUUUUUAAUAUGGUCUCUGUAUUAUGGGUUUUCACCGAUUGUGGGUGGGUCUGAAACGUACCCCCGCGAUAAAUAGGAUUUGACUUUACAAUAUAAUGUGUUAUACGCUGCUAUAUUUUCAUAACGUCAUGGGUCUCAAGUGCAGCUCGUAAUUAGUUUGAAAAGCACCCAUCUAAUCAAAGAUCAGUAAUCGAAUACCGGUGUUUUAAUUGUUUAAAUGGCCAAGCCCGGUAAGGCUGCCGCCAUGGGAGGAUAGGGUUUCUUCAUCCUUGUAUUACAGUAUAACACACACACGCACAAAAGCGCAGAAUGAGCGUUUGCUGCCUGAGCGCCAUGAAUGUUUAAGCAGUCUCGGUCCGUCCAGGCCCGCGUAAGUCAUUACCGCCUCAUUAGCGACGAGGUAGGAAGCAGCAGUCCUACCUUCCUCCUCACCUGGAGAGAAGACACGAGAGAUAGUAGAUGACUGCUGACAUAUGCCUUUGUUGACCAACUGGGGUUCCACCCCGGGUUUACCUCGGGGCCACUAGAAUUGCCAUUGUGGACGAUGUCUAUCUGAGGAAUACUUCAGCAUUGGAGCUGAAGACCAUUCGGAUUGAGCAGGUUCAAGCUACAAGACCGAUUCAGCCAUGACUCACGUGGCUUUGGAGGUAAAGGAGAGCCUGGAGGAGCGCUGCGACCGCAUCCUGAGGAACAUGGAGGCCUCCCUCACAGCCCGGGACCGCGUGGGGAUCCAGGAUUUUGUUCUGUUGGACGCCUACACCAGCGAGACCGCCUUCCUGGACAACCUGCGGAAACGCUUCCACGAGAAUCUCAUUUACACCUACAUCGGCACUCUGCUGGUGUCGGUCAACCCGUAUAAAGAGUUGGACAUCUACAGCGAGAAGCAAAUGGACACCUACGUGGGCGUCAACUUCUUUGAGCUUCCACCUCACAUCCACGCGUUGGCCGACAACGUGUUCCGCACCAUGAUGUCGGAGUUCGGCGACCACUUCAUCCUGAUCUCGGGCGAGAGCGGCGCCGGUAAAACGGAGGCCUCCAAGAAGAUCCUUCACUUCUACGCCGUCAGCUGUCCGAGUACCAAAAUCCUGGAUAACGUCAGAGACAGGCUGCUGGUGUCCAACCCGGUUCUCGAGGCUUUCGGGAAUGCCCAAACGCUGAAGAACGACAACUCCAGUCGCUUCGGGAAGUACAUGGACAUCCAGUUUGAUCACCAGGGCGGGGCGGUCGGCGGCCACAUCCUCAGUUACCUGCUGGAGAAGUCCCGCGUGGUCCAUCAGAACCACGGCGAGCGCAACUUCCACAUCUUCUACCAGCUGGUGGAGGGCGGGGAGGAGGAUCUGCUCCGCUGGCUGGGCCUGGAGAGGAACUGCCAGCAUUACAACUACCUGGUUCAGGGCAAUUGUGCCAAAGUUAGCUCCAUCAACGACAAAAGCGACUGGAAGACGGUGCGCAAAGCUCUCUCGGUCGUUGACUUCGGUGAGAGUGACACCGAGUACCUGUUCGGAAUCAUCGCCAGCGUGCUCCACUUGGGCAACAUCGAGUUUGAGGCGGACGCCCGAGGGUACGCCAGUCUCCGCAACGGCCAGGAAAUGCACUGGCUGUCCGAGUUACUUGGGAUUCCCGCUGAGGUGCUACAACACGUCUUAACCCACCGCAAGAUCGAAGCCAAAACGGAGGAGGUGUCGAGUCCCUUGUCGGUGGACCACGCCGUAUAUGCCAGGGAUGCCCUCGCCAAAGCCGUCUACGGGCGCACCUUCAACUGGCUGGUCGGCAAGAUCAACCAGUCGCUCGCUAACGCGGAUUCCUCCAGGAUGAACGUAAUUGGCCUUUUGGACAUUUAUGGAUUUGAGGUUUUCAACAUCAACAGCUUUGAGCAGUUUUGCAUCAACUACUGCAACGAGAAACUGCAGCAACUUUUUAUCCAGCUCACCCUCAAGUCGGAGCAGGAGGAGUACGAGGCGGAAGGCAUCGAGUGGGAGCCGGUGCCAUAUUUCAACAAUAAGAUCAUCUGUGACCUCGUGGAGGAGAAACACAGAGGAAUCAUCUCCUUAUUGGAUGAGGAAUGUUUACGUCCCGGAGAGGCCACGGACCUCACUCUUCUGGAAAAGAUGGAGGAAACGAUUGGCGGCCACCCUCAUUUUGUCACACACAAACUCGCAGACCAGAAGACGAGGAAAACUCUGCAGAGAGGAGACUUCCGCCUCUUGCACUACGCCGGAGAAGUUACGUACUGCGUAGUAGGAUUUCUGGACAAAAACAAUGAUCUCCUGUAUAGAAAUGGAAAAGAGGUGAUGCAACAGUCCAAAAACGCAAUCAUCCAACACUGCUUCCCUCCGAGCGAGCCGGAUCGAAAGAAGAGACCGGAAACCGUGGUGACUCAGUUUAAGAGCAGCCUGGCGGGCCUGACCCAGAUCCUCGGCACCAAAGAGCCGUGGUACGUCCGAUGCGUCAAACCCAAUGAAGCCAAAGAGCCAGGACGCUUCGAUGACGUCCUGGUGAGGCAUCAGGUGAAGUACUUGGGCCUGAUGGAGCACUUGAGGGUACGGCGCGCGGGGUUCGCCUACCGCCGGAAAUACGAGAUCUUCCUCCAGAGGUACAAACCUCUUUGUCCGGACACGUGGCCCAACUGGAAAGGCGCGGCGGCGGAAGGCGUGCGGAUCCUCGUCGAGCACCUGGGAUACAAAGCCGACGAGUACGAGAUGGGCCGGACCAAGAUCUUCAUCCGCCACCCGAGAACUUUGUUUGCCACGGAAGACGCUUUCCAAGUGUGCAAACAUAAGCUCGCGACGAGGCUUCAGGCCAAGUACAAAGGCUACAGAGUGAAAGGCGACUACCAGAAGCAGAAAGGAGCCGCCACCAAGAUCGAGAACUGCUGGAGAGGCCUGAUGGCCAGAAAGGAGCGAGAAAAGAGGGAAUGGGCGCUCGGGAUCAUCAAGAGGUUCAUCAAAGGCUUCAUGGCCCGAAGCGAGCCGACGGGCGCGGACAACAGAGAGUACUUGGCGUACGUCAGGCAGAACUACCUGACGCGGCUGAAGCAGAACCUCCCGCAAACGCUUGUGCGCAGCGACUCGUGGCUCAGCCCGCCGCCCAUCAUGAAAGAGGCGUCCCGGCUCCUGAAGCGACUCUUCCUUCGCCACUUGGCCCGCAAAUACGUGCGAGGAAUUAGCGAGGAGAGGAAGGCGCAACUCCUUUUAAAAGUCCGGACCAGUUGCAUGUUCAAAGGGAAAAAGGAGAACUACCCGCUGAGCGUGCGCUCGCCCUUCCUGGACACCCGGAUAGAUAUUCAAGACAUGAAUAUGAAAGCGUUGCAGAUGAUUCAACAUGAGAACGUCAAGUACGGCGUCCCGGUGGUGAAGUACGACCGCAACGGCUUCCGUCCUCGUCCUCGGCAGCUCGUCUUCACCCGAGACGCCGCCCACCUGCUGGACGAGGCCAAGAUCAAGCAGACGAUCCGUUACGGCUCGCUGAAAGGAGUUUCCGUGAGCGACCUGAGCGACAACUUCCUGAUUGUCCACGUGACGUGCGGUGACAUCAAGCGGAAGGGGGAUCUCGUGCUGCAGUGCGACUUCCUGUUCGAGGCCCUGACCAAGCUGAGCGCCAUUGUCGACAAGCGCGACUUAAUCCGGGUGGUCCGGGGCAGCGUGCGAUUUGACAUCCAGCCCGGCAGGGAAGGCUUCGUGGACUUCAGGAGCGGUCACGAGGCGCUCGUCUACCGGGCCAAAAACGGACAUUUGACGGUGGAAUCCACAAGCACCGAAUCCAGAUGAUUUGGGACGACGUCGCCCCCUUUCUGCAAACCUCUGCGACGGCCAAAAGCCCAAAUUGACUUUUUUGCGACUUUAUGAUGUCAUUCAACAACAAUAAUGAUGCCAAUAUUUUCAUCAUGGAAGCGGUCGUAUACAAACAUGCACACUCACCGUGCUUAAUAUGAAAAAAAAAAACGACUUAGUAAUGUCUCGGUUGUGCAGAUGUUAGAAACGAUUGUGACGUAUUAAAAUCAGUAUCGAGACUUGGGAGUUUACUGGCAAUUCCGCAAGUUGUAGCACUGCCGGUAUCUUCAAGUACCCGCUUGAAAGUUGUCGAAAACAAAGUGGAGGUUUUCUCGUCUAUCUAGACUGUUUGAUAACAAACUGUUGUAAAAGAUUAGCGUUGGGCUUCGUUAAAUAUCCCUUUUCUUUUACCGCUUCUCCUCACGCGGGCCGCGGGCCUGCUGGAGCCCAUCCCAGCCAUCAUCGGGCGGAAGGCGGGGUACACUCCGAACUGGUCGCCAGCCAAUCGCAGGCCACAUACAAACAAACAACCGCCGUGCCGCUAGCUUAGUUAAAUAGGUCAAGUUAAAUACAACUGAGUUUCCCGUCAUUUAAAAACUUCGAUAUAGAGUGCGUCGUGGCCUUUUUCAACGCCUAGCGAAACGAGUCAACAAACAUUGACCUUUUAAAUGAUCGUUAAAAGGCCCUUCAAUUCAUUUUGCCCUUAUCGCGACGGUGUCGGCUAACAAAGACGGGCAAUAAAAGCGCGAGCGGUAUCAAAGGUUGUCUUCGCGGCAGUAAAACAGUCGAGCGCCGAUUCCUCCGGCGACUUCGUGGUGAGAAACAAACGAGGCCAAAAGUCCAGCGAGGCGACGGCGGCCUUGCUCCGACGUUUGACUUGAUGGUGGAAAUUGUUGAUACGAUUGGCGGCUUCGCGCUAAAGCGUUUUUUGCCGAAGAUGGACACGCGCACGGCCGUCGCCGUCCUCCUCCUCCUCCCGUCCGUCAGCGGGACGCUCGGUGAGUCGUGCCAGGGCAAAUGCGGGCAAUCGUUAGGCCGCUGUUCGUGCCAGGCGACGUGCGCGUCUCUGGCGCGCUGCUGCCCGGACUACAAGGAAUUCUGCGUGGAAUUCUCCCCGCAGUCGGGAUCCAUUUUGGGCG